GGGCUGGAAGGGACCUGGAGAUCGUCCAGCCCGACCCUGGUCACCUGCUGCAGCUGGGCUUGGAAUAUCUCCGCAGAGGGAGACUCCACCGCCUCCCUGGGCAGCUGCUCGGUGCUCUGCCGCCCUCCGUGUAAAGCAGCUCUUCCUCACGUUGAGGCGGGACUCGUGGUUGAGUUCAGUUAGGGGCCAUUGCACCACUGGAAGGAGUCUGGCACUCACGCUGGAGAUAUUUAGGUGGAUUGGUGAGAUCGCCUCUUGUUGGAAAAUAUACCAAGUUUAAAACUUUUAUUUCCUAACUUUAGUCACGUUUGCUCGCCUUUGGCCCGGGGGAAGGGAACGAAGUUUCCCUCCAAAGCAUUGUUCCACCAGGGACAAUGAUGAGUUCGGCAUCUCCGCAGGCCGAGAGCAACACGAGAGAUAAGAGAUAAAAGCCAUCAAGGGCCAUUGGCGCGACAUCAGCGAACAUCUACUCCAGACCUGCCCCCUGGCACGGCUGGAGACACCUGGAGGAGGCUGGUAAGGAAAUGCAAAUUAGGAGUGAAGGCCUAAUUAACAUCAAAGGCGAGGAAAUCCGUAUCCAGUAGGAAACCAAAUACUAAGAACUGCGCGACUCGGGCCCAAUGAACCGAUGGAUUUCUAUGGGUUUGGGACUGUAUAAAUUUGACAAAAAUCUAGAAGUUUGAGAAAAAUCAUGGAGCGCGGUCCCCUGCGGCUGAAGGGCAGCGGGGGUGCCCUGGGGGCCGCCGGCAAGGGGGAGAAAACGGCGAAAGACAAAGCCCAGAUCCCGGAGCAGAUCACGGGCAGCAAGGAGCAGCGGGAGGAGGAGGAGAAGCGCGGGCUGGACAAGCGGACCCCGGCACAGGUGGCCUUGGAGAAGAUGCAGGAGAAGCAGCAAAUGGAGCGCAUCUUGAAGAAAGCGUCGAAAACCCGCAAGGAGCGAGUGGAGGAGUCCAGCAGGCACUGGGAUGCUCUGCCUGGGCACUGCGACAUCCCCAAACUCAGUGAGCAGGCUGCUUGUCACAGCUCUGGAGCUGGAGCUGGGUUUGGUUCGUAUCGAUGUAAACCUGGCUGUUCUCCGUUAUAUUCUCCAACGUGACUGGGGAGUGUUUAUGACUUUAUACUGUAUGAUUUUACAGUCUUUGUAAAAAACCAAACAUCAACACUCUCAGUCUUCUCUGGAUUAACCAAGCCCAGCUCCCACGGUCUCUCCUCAUCAGACAGGAGCUCCAGACCCCAAAUCACCUCUGGGGCCUCCACUGGACCCUCCCCAACAGCUCCUUGUCCUUGUUGUCCCAGAACUGGACACAGCACCCCAGAUGUGCCCCCUCUCCCCAGCAGAGGGGCAGAAUCCCUCCCUGCCCUGCUGGCCACGCUCUUCCUGAUGCCCCCAGGGUCCCAGUGUCCCCCCUGGCCCCGGGACGCUCUGCUGGCUCAGGGACAGUUUCUCAUCCACCAGCACCCCAGGUCCUUCUCUGCAGAGCUGCUCCCCAGCGGGUCACCCCCAGCCCGUGCUGGCCCCUGGGGUUGUUCCUGCCCGGGUGCAGGAGCCUGCACUUGCCCUUGUUGAACGCCUUAGGUUUGCCCCCACCCAGCUCUCCCCGAGCCCCUCAGGGUCCCUCUGGAUGGCAGCAGGGCCUUCAGGUGAAUCAGUCACUGCCCGCUCUGAAUCACGGUGAACCCUGAUCAGGAUCCGUUCUCUCCCUGCGGCAGGGCCUCGCUACACAUCUGAACAGGGCUGGAGGAGGGAGCGAUCCCUGGGGACAGCGCUGAGCACAGGCGGGCUCUGCCGUGCCCCCUCGGAGCUCUGCCUUCAGCCAGGCCCUCCCCCGUGUCCCUUCUCCCCCCUUUCCCGUGCCUGCCUACAGAGAUGUGACGGGAGGCAGCGUCCACAGCCUUGCCGAGUCAGCCCUGGUGCCACACGCUGCCCGAAUGCCCCACACGGAUAUGGAGAGGGGGAAGGCUUUGGGGGCCUGCCCCAAACUCCCUUUGCUGCCCCAAGGGGGUGACAGCAGACAAGAGAGAGCCCAGGAGCCCCUCAGACCUAGCCAAGGCUUCCUGCUCAGCCAGGAGGCAAAACCCCAGAUUUGUCAGGGUUGAAGCGACCUCUGGAGAUCAUCCAGCCCAGCCCCUGCUGGAUUUGAGAUCUGGGGGUGCAGGUCUGGGGGGCUCUGAUCCCCAGCCAGCACCAGGUACCGUCAGUGAUCAUCCACAGGGAAACUGAGGCACAGAGCCCCACAGAC